CAUGGCUGUCAAUGCACAACAGAAAUUUGAUUGCGCUGUAAAAGUAAUAAAAAGUCUUCCUAAAAAUGGUUCCUUCCAGCCAUCUCACGAGAUGAUGCUAAGUUUUUACUCGUACUACAAGCAAGCUGUUGAAGGUCCAUGUAACAUUCCUCAGCCUGGCUUCUGGGACGUAAUCGGCAAAGCAAAAUGGAAAGCAUGGCAUGAUCUGGGUGACAUGUCGAAAGACAACGCCAUGUUGAACUAUGUGGAGGAGUUAAAACAGAUUAUUGAAACGAUGCCACAGACGCAAAUGGUAGCAGACUUUAUGGGCACUCUAGGUGAGUUUUACGAGAUGGUUGAUGAGCGGAUGCCAUUUACAAGUGACAAAGCGAGUCCACUGAAGUCAAAAACAUCCCCCGAAGAUCAUCUUACACAGAUAGAUGGUACAGAUUUCUUUGUCGACACUAGUCUGAGUCACUCAGUGCUGAUUGAAAAACAUCUGCAGGAAAACGGAAUGGUAAAUGGCGAUGUCAUCCAUGAUGAUGAUGAUGAUAACGAUGACGACACAGAUUCCGACGAACAACAUUUAGUCAAGGAUGAUGAUGAACUGCAGCACACAGAAACUGGUUCAAACAAAGAUGGCCAGUCUCAGACGAAGAAGGAGAAAGAUUUAUCGGCGAGUGAGAGUGAGACGGAGAGUGAGGAUUUCUGUGAUACAUCAGACGAGCCUAUACAGCUACCGAAGAAACCGCAGGUCUUGUCCGACAACGUGGAAUCGUCAACCCCGAUAGGCAACAAGACGACGAACCGCGUACGAUUCAGCGACACGCAGACAGUCCACCUGGCUCCGGGAGAAUUCUCACCCAUAAACAAAUCAUCCGACAGACUAGAGAACAUCCACGGACUGGGAACCGGUGUAGAAUUCUCAUCCAUAGACAGAAUGCAGAAAGUCCAGGGACUGGAAGUUCUGACUGGUCGAAGGGCGGAGCUGAACAGCCGGGUUCUGUCGGACAGUCUGUUUGUGAAUACGUCGCUGCACGAACACGCCAACACAUCUCUUGCCAGUCAGAUGGACAUUUCUGCGGACUCCAUGGAUCUGAGCAGCAGGUCAUAUUGCGAAACAAGCACAUUGCAAGGUGGUCGGCGUGGUUUGUUUUCGACCGCGGAUGACGUAGGUCAGUGGUGGGGUGCUGACCACGACACAGGGGUGAACAAACAGAUCGGUGUGGCAUUGUCACGACUACAGCAGGACGUGAAAUCCGUCGUGUCCAGACUCAGCUCGUUAGAAUCGGCAGCGAAGAAGAAAAAACACACACAGAAGCCUUCGUGGUGGCCAUUUGAGGGGUUAUCUACAAGAACGGUUUUCUUCAUCAUUGCCUGGCCUUUCAUUGCUCAAUUUUUAAUCAGCUUGGUCUUCAGAAAGAAAAGAAUUCCACACAGAUAAUGAAUUUGCAAUAACUGACUGUUAACAGAAGACAGAAGACCAUUUCAACAGUGUAGAGAUUUCACUUGGCCAGUUAUUGUAUUACUAAAUUAUAAAUUGUUCGUUCCUGUGUCAGUACAAAAGAUGGUUACCACAUCAGUGGUUGUACGUGUAUACCAGUGCAGGGUCGAUCUUAAGAAUGUGUCGCCUACGUCAGUAUUUCUAAAACAUUGCCAUAGAUGAAACGGCCCACCAAUGGCAAUCUUGAGCCUGCUUAUGGCAGGUUGUUUUUUUCAAAGUGACUUUUGCAGCAAAUCAACAUGACUGAAAGGUUGUUUUGAUGUAUAUAGACCUAUUUUAAAAGCGCAAAUGUCACUCACUAGCAGAUAAUAUACUCCACAUACUUCAAGUAUAUAUAAUUUACCAUUGUUGAGGAGCUUUACAGACGGCAGUUGCAGACAGCAAUUGCAGUCGGUGCCGUCAUUAAGUUUGAGUGUUUUUUGGCACCAUGUGCAAAGGGCUUUGUGCGUCAUCGCUUGAAAUACAGACUGUAAAUCUAGAAAGUUUUGCGAGAAACUAGUAAUGCGAAAACUGCGAGUGGCUACUAAGUACAGUACUUUCUCUACGUAAUAGUGUGGUUGUUUUAUAUAAAGAAAUAAAAGGCAAAAACCAGGGAUUCUAGAAUUGUUAUAAAAAUCCACCGAGCCAUGGGAUUGGUGAUUUGAAAAAUGUACGAGCCAUGAUUAAAAAUUCACUAGCCCUACUUUAAAAAAAAUACAAUUUUACUAACCGGAAUAAUCCGAUGUCACCUAAAGAAAGAGAUGGAGCUUAACAAAACAUAGAUUUGAGACGGGGACGGGGGGGGGGGGGGGGGUUGCAGGAUAUUCAUAUUUACAAAAUAAACUUUAAUGCAGAAUUUGACAACCUUUUUUUUCACUAGCAAUCCGGCAAGGCGAUAGUAGUUAUUUACUAGCCCAGCAUUGAAUAUCACUAGUCAUGAGAGUGGGGCUAACGUAAUCUAGAAGCCCUGGGUAAAGAUAUCUGUACUAUCAAAAACAUUGCUGUAAUUCAUUAUCGACAAUAAAUGUAUAGUUAAUAACUGUCAAUCUACCAAUCACCAACUUUAAAAUGUUAUUCAUGUCAAUGAAUUAAUAAAUUCACAGAGCGAAAACAGUGAUAUGUGAUCAUUUAAGACUGAACAUUAACUUCUCAAUUAAUUACAACGGCACAUGGUAUGAGCUGUCACAUGGUAUAAGCUUUUAGUUUGAGACUAAAACAACGUGCCUGUGUUUUUUUGUACUAUACAUCGCCAGUAGAGGUUGCAGUACUUGAUACACACAAUUUUAGCUAUUGUUCACCACUCGCAAUACUUUCAUGAUGCAAUACGUAGUAUAUUUACAGUAAUUUAUAUUUAUGGUCAACUUGCAUUUUAUCCUUGGACAUCUCAAGUAUUAAAGCAGUUUCUGUAAUAUGUAAUAUAGUCCAAUUAUAAAUAUUCCUUUCCUUCAUACCUAAUGAACAAACAAUUACAAACGUACUUGUCCAUCAUCGUCUUUCAAAGAAAGAUAUUUUAUUUUUAUCAUUUGUAUCAUUAUCACUAUGUCAUAUAAAAUCGGGGGGAUGGGGGUGUAUGGAGGGUGUCAUUGGCAAUAAGAGUUUUAAAUAUAUUUUUCGUUGCCGAUAUAUACCGGUACAAUCAAACUUUCAUAUCUCCACCUUUGAUCCCUCGAAAAUUUCGAUCUGUCGACCUGAAGCGAUAGUCCCGGCCGAAUUGCUUUACAAACUAGUAAUGAUGGCCUUCGAAAACUCAAACUUCGAACACUCGAUAAACUUGAUCUCUCGACCUAAUUCUUUGGUCCCACGAUAAAGAUUUAAUAGAUUAUGCACCUCGAAAACUCGACGCGUGUAAAAUAGAAAAAAAUAUUACUCUCCAUUUUAAAACCAAGAAAUGGACUACUUUAUGACUGGUUUGUGUUACACAGUACUAUAAAACCAUGACAACAGACUUGUAUAAUGUAUUAAGGCAACUGACAAUAACCAGUGAUGGCAAUAACACAUGAAUUUAUUAAAACCAUAGUAGGCGUGGCGUAACUGUUGUGGUUGUAUUUUGCAUUAGUACCGGUAAAUGAAGUUAUCGUAUAGUGAGAUAAGAUUGUGAGUUUAUUAAAAGUGUAGUUGUGUUUGUAUUUUGAAUUAGUAAAUGAAGUUAUAAUAUUAUGGUAAGACAAGAUUGUGAGUUUAUUAAAAUUGUGGGUGUGUUUGUAUUUGGCAUAAUUUAGUAAAUAUAGUGAGGUGAGAUUGUGAUUUUUAGUGAUUACCUUAGUAUGCACUGGAUACUCUGUUAAGAAUAAUAAUGAUAUAUACACACACACACACACACACACACACACACACAUAUAUACUCGCAGAAAAAAGUUCCUGUGCCUCAAAGAAAAUGAUCUCAAUACAACUGCAAAGUUUGUAAAUGGUUGAAAUUUAACAAAGACGUAACUGUGUAAAUCAUCUCAUAAUAUUUACGAAUAACCAGUACACAAUUUCUUGAAUACAAUUGUAUUUUGUCUUCACUACCGUCAAAAAAUAUACUUUGUGCAAUAUAUUAACAAGAACUUUUUCCUGUGAGUAUAUUUAAGUCGUGUGUUUUGCAUUUACUGUGAUCUAAGGGACUGUUCCAGAAUUGAUCAUUUGGGGUAGGGGUGGGGGAGCAAUUGUUUUUGGUAUACCCACCAACUAAAUUUUUUUAAAAUACAGUGAAACCCUCUAAACUGGACCCUCUGUAAACUGGACCUCUGUAAACUGGACCCUCUGUAAACCAGACUUCUAUCAAAACCAGAUGUUUUUUCAUGGUCCUUAUUUAAAUAUCACCACAUAACCUCUCUAAACUGGACACCUCUUAGCAGGCCAUCGGUUUACAGGCUGGUAGGUACUGGGUUCAGAUCCCAGUCGAGGCAUGGGAUUUUUAAUCCAGAGACCGACUCCAAACCCUGAGUGAG